UCUAUAAAUAAAACCCUCGAGAGCCGAGACUUCAAAGCAAGAGAGAGAUGAAACAAAUAAAGGCGAAGAAUCGAGAAAAUGGAAGAUGGAAAGCCAAAUUCACUGGAUAUUGAUGAAGUCAUGUUGGAACUCCUCCAUUCACUACAGAUGGAAGGAAACCCCUUUUGAAAAUUCAAGGUAAUGGGUUACCUGUAAUGGAUUCACACAUCUCUCAUCAAAUUGAAAUGGAAAACCCUUAAUUUCAACCUUUUCCCCAAUAGGAACUGAAGACAAAUCAAGGGUUAUCCCUAUGCAUCUCACCAGCAUCAUUUAUAUCUUCUAUUGAAGAAGAUGAAAGUCUUGCUCCAGAGUACGAGAAAGCUGCAGCUUUAUUGAGCAGUCACGAUCCUCAAAUUGUUCUGGCCAAGGUAGAUGCCAAUCAAGAAUUCAACAAGGCACUAGCUAAUGAAUUUAAGAUUGUAAGAAGUAGACGAAAGGAGAUAACGGACUACAAAGGUCCAAGAUUAGCAGGAGGUAUGGUUGAAUACUCGAAGAAACAAGUUGGCCCGGCAUCAGCUGCUAUAAAUUCCGUGGAAGAUGCUAGCAAUCUCAUUAGAAAUUCUCUGUCAAUUAUCUCCAAUCCUGCAGAAUAUGACUUCUUGGUUGCCAACAACGGAUCUGGUAAUUUCAGUAGUAUACAAGAGGCUGUAGACCAUUCUCCGACAAGAAGUUUUAAAAGAACCAUAAUUCGCAUCAAACAAGGUGUUUAUGUUGAAAGUGUCGUCAUCCCGAAAGAGAAAAGCAAUCUUUAUUUCGUAGGAGACGGGAGAGACCUUACAAUCAUAUCAGGGAACAAAAAUCAAUUUGAUGGGUAUUCUAUAAUGACUUCUGCAACAGUUGCGGUGGAGGGUGACGGAUUUUUAGCUCGAGAUAUAACGUUUGAAAACACUGCCGGACCAGCAAAGUUUCAAGCCGUUGCAUUGAGGAUUAACGCGGAUGCAUCAGCGCUUUACCGUUGCAACAUCAAUGGAUACCAAGACACGUUGUUUGUUCAAUCCUUUCGACAGUACUUUAGAGAGUGCAAUAUUUCGGGAACGAUAGAUUUUAUCUUUGGAGAUUCUGCAGUUGUCUUUCAACAAUGUAAUAUUAUAGCAAGGUUACCGAGUCUAGGACAGUAUAAUGUGAUAACUGCAUCUGGUAGGGCAUAUCCUCAUAGUAAGGGUGGCAUUAUUAUACAGAACUGCUCGAUUUUAGCCUCGGAAGAUUUGAAGAACAUCAAUUAUACCGUGGAGACCUACUUAGGAAGGCCAUGGAAGGCAUAUGCAAGAACCGUGGUAAUGGAAUCCUACUUGGAUAAUUUGGUUCAUCCCAAGGGUUGGAUCGAGUGGGAACAUAAUUUAAGUUCUGUAGAUUUAUUGUGGUAUGGUGAGUAUAGGAAUACAGGACCAGGGGCUAAGAAUGUUAGCCGGGUUGAGUGGAAGACAUAUCACAAGCUAAUGGGUGAUGAUGAAGCUUUUUACUUUACUGUCUCAGAGUUCAUAGCUGGAAACCAUUGGUUGAAUUCCACUGGGUUUCCUUAUGAAACCGGGAUUUAGGUUUCGGUAUAGGUAGUCCAUGGAUUCGAUGUUCGAAGUUUACUCUUUCACUUUGCUACUUUGGAAUUUCAUUUUUCAUUAUUGAUGUAGUUCAUAUUUCCUCAGUUUAAUGGUGUUCUGGUAAUUUUACGUGUCUUAACAAGGAAAUUCAAUAUAUACAUUUUUUAAUAA